AUGGCAGUGUCCCCACUUGAGACUUGAGAGUCCACUGGUGGUAAGGUAAACCGAUCGGAUUUGCGUCCUGGUCCUGGAUCAGUCCCAGCUUCUCCUUUCUCCGGUUGCCAAGCCAUGGCCGCCUUCCCCUCCGUCGGGAGGCCCAGACGGCCCUUCCUCCUGGCGGCGGCAGCGGCCGUAGCGGUGCUGCUUCACGCGCUCGCCCGCGGCGCCGACGCGCAGCUCUCGGCGGGGUUCUACUCGUCCAGCUGCCCCACCGUGCACGGCGUCGUCCGGCAGGUCAUGUCUCAGGCCGUCCUCAACGACACGCGCAGCGGCGCCGCCAUCCUCCGCCUCUUCUUCCACGACUGCUUCGUCAGCGGCUGCGACGCCUCGCUGCUGCUCGACGACACGCCCACCACGCCCGGCGAGAAGGGCGCCGGCCCCAACGCCGGCGGCUCCACCUUCGGCUUCGACGUCAUCGACAACAUCAAGACGCAGGUCGAGGCCGCCUGCCCCGGCGUCGUCUCCUGCGCCGACAUCCUCGCCCUCGCCACGCGCGACAGCGUCAACCUGCUCGGCGGGCCCAGCUGGGCGGUGCCGCUCGGCCGGCGGGACGCGACGGUCCCCAACCCGGCCGACGCGGCGAAGCUGCCCGGCCCAGACUCCGACCUCGCCGGCCUCGUGGCCGCUUUCGCCGCCAAGGGCCUGACGCCGCGCGACCUCACCGCGCUCUCGGGUGCGCACACGGUGGGCAUGGCGCGCUGCGUCCACUUCCGCACGCACGUCUACUGCGACGCCAACGUGAGCCCGGCGUUCGCGUCGCAGCAGCGCCAGGCGUGCCCGUCCUCGGGGGGCGACGCCAGCCUCGCGCCGCUCGACUCGGUCACCCCCAACGAGUUCGACAACGGCUACUACCGGGGACUCAUGACCGGCGCCGGCCUCAUGCGCUCCGACCAGGAGCUCUUCAACAACGGCCAGGUCGACUCGCUGGUGCGCCUAUACGGCACAAACCCGGCCGCCUUCUCCGCCGACUUCGCAGCGUCCAUGAUCAGGCUCGGGAACGUCGGCACGCUGACGGCGGCCAGCGGGGAGAUCAGGAUCGACUGCAGGAAGGGGCUCUCGGCGCGGGACAUGACGGCGCUCUCCGGCGCGCACACGGUCGGGCGCGCGCGCUGCCAGACGUUCCGCGGCCGCGUCAACGGUGGGGACACCAACGUCAACGUCACGUUCGCGGCGGAGCUCCAGCAAGGGUGCCCCGCUGCCAAUGGCGUCGGGGACAGCAGCCUCGCGCCGUUGGACGCGGAGACGCCCGACGUGUUCGACAACGGUUACUUCCGUGGCCUCGCGCAGCAGCGCGGGCUGCUGCACUCUGACCAGGAGCUGUUCAGCGGCGGGUCGCAGGACGCGCUGGUGCGCAAAUACGGUGGCAACGCCGGCAUGUUCGCGAACGACUUCGCCAGGGCCAUGGUCAAGAUGGGCAGCCUCGAGCCGGCGGCCGGGACGCCGGUGGAGGUCAGGAUCAACUGCCGGAAGCCCAACUAGUCAGCUAGCUAGCGCGUACAAAUACAUGCAAAAGGAUACAUGAAUCACAGUGGUACAGUUUUAAGGUUAGAUGGUACGUAUUGAACGUGUAAAUACAUUUUUAAUUGACAUAGUAACAUUUUACGUGAUACUCCGUUCCAAAAUAA